CGAUGGUGGAGUAGUCCAGGGUGCGCUGAGGGCGGAGUGCGCAUGCGCGGACGGCUGUAGCAGAAGUAGAAAUAAAGUGCACAGAGUGUGUAAUAGCGAGGACACAGCGCUAAUACAGAGCACAGGGCGGCAUGAGGGACCGGACCACCGAGCUGGGGAAUGUAAGAGCCAUUGCAUGGAGUUACAAUGCCCUGCUUGGCAGAGCAUCAUGGGAGCUGUAGUCCUGUAACAGAUGGAGCUCUACCCCUCCCCAUGUGAUCCCAGCAUUGCCUCUCUAUUCCCUGCUAUAACUUUCUAUUUUACUCAUUUUCUCCCCAUUUCCAGCCCUGUAUUUAUUAAUUAUUACUAAAUAACCCUCUGCCAGUCUGUACCAAUCCUGAUACCAUGCCAUGUACCAUAACCACUGAAAUUGCUAUUCUCACUCCCAUUAACCUAUAGUGCCCGGCGACAUGGCGGUCACUUACCGUGCAGCGAAUCCCAUGCACGUCUUCCCUUCUUUAACCUCUUUUUAAAUACAUUCAUUCUUCCUACUCCGCGCCACGUCUAUACGUAUUACUAUCAUCUUAUAUCUAGCAGAUCCCCUUCCUCCACCUUUCAUUCAGCUUUCUCCAUUCUAUCAACCUCACCUUGUCUUUCAACCGCAAUCUACUCUUUAGUACAUUAACCUUUUUAUUGCCCUGACCCUCCGCACUAGUGACGUGACCGCUUAAUAACCCUUUAAAGAAAUGUCAGCUAUCUCUCAAUCCCCGAACAUUGCUUCUUAUAAUAUCCGCAACUCAUUUUAUCAGUUUAACAUGAAACAUUUUAAUCUGUUUCUUUCCUUUUCCUCACAAAGCGCCAUGCCCCUUACAAUUCCCAACUAACCCAUAAACACACGCAGCCCUGGUACACCUACAGCUUACUUCAAACAUACAGCACUCCCAUCCUAUAAAAUCCCUCUCAUCUUACAGUCUGUCUAAUUACUGCGCUGUCUCCUGCCUCCCUCUAAUAUGCAUUUUCAUUCCUGAUUUCUCUCACCUAUGCAUUAUGAUUUAAUAGAAUGUUGCUGCUUCUUGUAACAUAGUCUCACCAAAUAAGUGCUUCUCUUUACUACCCCUGCUGUAACUCUACUGGUCAUUGGUGCCCCCCAAUUGUGCUGCCUUAGGGUGAUUUCUAACCCUGCUUUGUGUCUCAUUCAUAACCUCCAUUAUGUCUCUAAAUCCUACGUUUAAGAGAAGCCAAACUGUCACUUCCCCAAAUUUUGGUUACUUAUUUUUAUGAGAUUUGAAACAUCUGAUUUGAAUAUAGAAAUCCCCAGAAAUCCUGGACCUGGGCGUUUACAUACUGACUCCCUGGUGUUCUGUUUUUAAAAAAAUCUUAGAGGAAGAAGGAAAACAGAAACAUUGGGGAGAUUUAUCAAAAUGUUGCUGACACUUUUAUGUCUAAUUUUUGCUUAUUUUGUCACAGUUUAUUAAAUCUGUUUUGUUUUUUUUCAACUGUUGCUUUUUUUUGUCUUCUCAAAUGGAAAUUUCAGAUAAAACUGGUGGAAUUUACUAUAAAGAAAACCAUAAUUCUUAGACGACAAUAAUAAAUAAGUCUGAAUCUAACCAUCACUUCACAGAACUCAUUGUUCCUGUUCUUGGUAUUUGCAUUGUAUGCCAUAGCUGCGACUGGGCUGACAGUGAUAUAGUGUUAUAUCCUUAAUAUACAUUGCAACAGAAAAGAGAGCGUCACGUGAAAUGAAGAUUAACACAAUGUAUAGUUGAUUUUCUAUAUUUUAUGUAAUUGGGCAGAACUGUCAAUUCUAUGGAAAUUUCACAAAGAGACACUCAAAUCACUGACACAGUUGUUACCAUUUCUUAGCACCAAAAUAACUCAAUCUUACUGAAGCAGUUUUGGUGUAUAGAUCAUGCCUCUGAAGUCUCACUGCUCAAUUCUCUGCCAUUUAGCAGUUAAAUCACUUUUGUUUCUGUUUAUGCAGCCAAAGUCACACCUCUCCUGACUGUGAUUCGCACAGCAUCCAUUAGACUUUUGCAAACAUUUGUUUGGACCGGUUUGUGUAAAUCAAAUUCCUUUUAAUCCACACCAGGAUGAAUUGAUCCAUCCUGGAUUUAUCUAAUGAGUUAAAAGGAAACUAUAGUCACCAGAACAACUACAGCUUAUUGUACUUGUUCUGGUGAGUAUAUUUAUUCCCUCCAGGCUUUUUACUGUUAAACACUGUCGUUUCAGAGAAAAUGCAGUGUUUACAUUACAGCCUAGUGAUACUUCCACUUGCCACUCCUCAGAUAACUGCUAGAGGUGCUUCCUGGGGCAGUGCUGCACAGUGUGACUGCCAUUCAGUGUCUCCACCCACUGAAUGCAGAGACUGAACUUUCCUCAUAGCGAAAAAAUUAUUAAAUGUAUCUCUAUGAGGAGAUGCUGAUUGGCCAAGGCUGUGUUUGGCGUGUGUUGGCUAUGCCUCUGAUCUGCUCCCUUGACCUUCUCAUCCAAUCCAAUGCUUUUCUAAGUGAUUGGCUAAGACAAUCACUUCUGAUCAUGUCAGCCAAGCAGGCAGAUCAGAGGCAGAGCCAGCAGCAGACUGGAAUAAAAUGUGUUGGGAGGCUGUGUGUGUCACAGCCAGGGGAGAUGUGGCUAGGGCUGCAUAAACAAAGGGAUUUAACUCGUAAAUGGCAGAGAGUGGCAGGGUUACAAUGCUGGGGCAGUGCUCUUCUUUCAUUGCUACCUGGGAAUUGUAGUUCAACUGUUUUCAUGAACUGAAAACUAAUAACUGAAGUCCCUGGAGAGAGCUGGGACAUUGUGCUAAUCAACCCAUGCAGUUUCACCCUAGUAGUGCUGAUUUCAUAGAUUAGAAUGAAAGCCUACCGACUGGCCAUGCUGCUUGUGGGGAGCGCAGAGUUAAGGGAUUUGCAGUAAAUGAAGGCAUUAAAAAUGAUUGUCGUUGCUGUUUUCUAUAUUAAUUGAUUCCAUUGUACAGUUUCUUUCCUUUCGAGUGCCUUUAUGCUCAUAUUUCUGUUUUCUUGUUUAUUCCCUCUGUGUACUUUCACUGUAAGUGUUCAGUCCUGUCGCUGGGCUCUGUGUACUUUCACUGUAAGUGAUCAGUCCUGUCGCUGGGCUCUGUGUACUUUCACUGUAAGUGAUCAGUCCUGUCGCUGGGCUCUGUGUACUUUCACUGUAAGUGAUCAGUCCUGUCGCUGGGCUCUGUGUACUUUCACUGUAAGUUAUCAGUCCUGUCGCUGGGCUCUGUGUUUGCUCUCAUUGCACAUUCCUCAAGUCAUAUUUUUAUUUUUGUCCCAGAAUGACAGCGGCUCUGAAAAUGAGGAGAGCAGAGGUUUUCUUAAUUCAGCAGCAAAUGGAAGCAAAGAAGGAGACGACAAAAAUGCCCAAUUAUUGGAAACGGUAAUUCUAAACGCUGCUUCUUCCUUUGGGAUAAUAGGCCUUGAUGGGCCACUGCAGCAUUGCUAGGUCCACAUUAGUCGUAUGGUCAGUAAAGGCAGCAGUGCAACUCUCCUGUUUGCCAUACUGCCACCUAGUGGUGGGCUUCAGGCUGUACAUAUUUUUUUCCAACAAUGCUAUCAAAGAACUUAUUGGGGUGAAGUGUGGAGAAUAAAUUUUACACUAACUUACCUUCACUACCUACAAAUUAUAUAUGUAAGAAUGGGAUCAGCUCUAUAUCAGACAGGUUAGUUAAAAUAAUACAUAGAACCUACAGACAGUGCUUGUAUUCUUCCCACAAUGUCUGUCAGGGGUUUUAUUCACUUAACGGUGAAUUGUCAAAAUUUAGGCUAAAAUAACUGACUUUUAAUAAUUCCCCAAACUAUCUAGAGUCUCAGCCUGGCUUUCUUAGGAUUCAUUUUGUUUUCAACUUAAUACGAUUUAUUAAUUAAUACUUUAAAGGACCACUAUAGUGCCAGGAAAACAUACUCGUUUUCCUGGCAGUAUAGUGCCCUGAGGGUGCCCCUACCCUCAGGAUCCCCCUCCUGCCGGGCUCUAGGUUGAGGAAGGGGUUAAACUUACCUCUUUCUCCAGUGCCGGACGGGGGACUCUCCACCUCCUCGGCUGAAUGCGCAUGCGCGGCAAGUGCAGUCAGCCAGUCUCAUAGGAAAGCAUUCACAGGACGCUGGCGUCUUCUCACUGUGAAAAUCACAGUGAGAAGCGCGGAAGCGCCUCUUGCGGCAGUCAAUGAGACAGCCAAUAGAGGCUGGAUUAACCCAUAUGUAAACAUAGCAGUUUCUUUGAAACUGCUAUGUUUACAGCAGGCAGGGUUAAUCCUAGCUGGACCUGGCACCCAGACCAAUUCAUUAAGCUGAAGUGGUCUUGGUGCCUAUAGUGGUCCUUUAAUGUUUUGUGUCUCCCUGUCCUGCGCACUGAUCUGGAGACGAUAAGCUGAUCUGGGUGGAUGCUAUGACAUGUUUCUCAGUGACUAUGCUGUAUUUUUAAUUACUUGUGGGGUUUUUUUGUUUUAGACUCAGGACAUCAGAAACUCGCUGCAGCUCCUGGAAGAUAAGGUGAAGCAGUUGGAAGCCAGCCAAGUGAAAAUUCUCACAAUGCCACUUCCUGAGGACGGUUUGUAUGCACCACCUAGUGGCCUGGGCUGGAAUGAUAUUUCAUAAAGUGAUAAUAAAGAGACCAUGGGCCCAACAUUUAGUAUAGAAAGGUGAAAUUACUGAAAGAAUAGUGUUCUAGGGUGGAUCAGCUGAACUUAUUUUGAGCUCAAUAUAUAGAAAGCAAGAAAUAGGACUAAAAAGUCCUGGGCAGGAGAGUAAUAGAAUGGGGAAGGGAUCCCUACCUUUAAUAAUCCUAAGGGAAGACAGGGAUAUAUAUAAAUAGGGAGACUGAGGUAAUGAGAGGAAUGUGUAAUUACACAUCCAAAAACCAAAAUCAAUAUCCAGCUGAGAAAUAAACUCCCUGACAGGUCCUCUAACUGGGAUACAAGUCUAGGCUGUGUGUGAUCUAAGCCUCAUGGAUAGAAUACACAGGUAGACAGAGGUACAAUAGCGAAAAACUGGGCUAAAAUAAAGAAGUGAAAGAGUGCCGAGGUAAAUAGGGACACUAAACUAUUUCCAGUGGUUCCUGUCUGGGUGUAGUUUUGGGUGGUUAUCCCCCUACAGAGGUAUUUUCACCUUCAUUUUAGCCCAGUUUUUCGCUAUUGUACCUCUGUCUACCUGUGUAUUCUAUCCAUGAGGCUUAGAUCACACACGGCCUAGACUUGUAUCCCAGUUAGAGGACCUGUCAGGGAGUUUAUUUCUCAGCUGGAUAUUGAUUUUGGUUUUUGGAUGUGUAAUUACACAUUCCUCUCAUUACCUCAGUCUCCCUAUUUUACCCUGUCUUCCCUUAGGAUUAUUAAAGGUAGGGAUCCCUUCCCCAUUCUAUUACUCUCCUGCCCAGGACUUUCUAGUCCCAUUUCUAUAUAUUGUUAUUUUCGUGGGUUAUUCCCCGUUUAAGGAGAGUAAUCUCAGGGCCUUUUGGGCACUGAUCCACUGGUCAAUUCUGUGACAUCUGAAUCAGAGCCUUCAUUGUUUUACCUUAUUUUGAGCUUAAUUUUCAACGUCAUUUUUUUUCCCAAAAGUUCAGAAUGUUUGUUAGGUCUGCUGGUAUAAGAGAGCUUCACAGCAGUAAAAUUCACAGAAAUCAGUCUGUGUAAAUCAGAUACUUGGAUCUAGUUCUAAGUUACCUUUUCAGUUAUGUAAAUCAGUAGAUCAUGAAGUCGCCUAAAAUGCCCUGGAGUAACCAUGCCCCCGGUCACACCUCCAGUCACCGCCUAAAAGGAACAUGUCAGUCAUUGGUCUUUUGACAUACCGAGGGAUACGUAAACAUGACAUUGUACACAAGUGUACCAAGCCAUCAGCCAUGUGUGUCACAUAAGAAGCAGAAAUCAUGUUCCAACUAGAGAAGAAAUUGGCCCUGUAGGUUCUGCAUUGGUCCAAGAAGAUUGUGUGCAAUUGCUGCUUAUAGUGAAUCUAUUCUCUUUCUUUAGAUAUGAAGAGAGACUUGGAAAAUCUUCGAGGGGAGAUAAAACGUUUAGCCAAGGACAUUCGCGCUAAAUUGCAAAGUAAGCUCCUCGUCCAGUCUUGGAGUCUGUCCUCUCUUUCCCGUGUCACCUCCUUUUUUUUUUUUUUGACCUUAUUAUAGUUUCCUUCAUGUACAAAAUAUAACACAUUUUAUUCUCUGUUUCUUCUGAUGAUAAUGUAGCUGUUUUUUGGUCCUGGCUCCAUCCAGCUCAGUGUCUUUGAUUUCAUUUUACCAGUCACUCUUUUUACACUAUUCGUCUACCUUUAUGCUCUCUGUGCCUGUACUGUGUAUUCAUCUUAAAACCACUGGAUGUUUGCCUGAUCUGGCUGUUCCUCUAUUCUUGCCUGUCCUGCCUAUAAUAUCUCUCCUCUUUCAUCUUCCCCACUCUGACUCACUUCACCCUCUUCGAAUGUCUGUCUGUUCCAGAGAUCCAGGUAAAGGAGGAUGAAGAGUUGGUCAUGACUAAUGUCCAUAUUCGAAUGAGAAGAACGCAGGUACUUUCUGUGUGAGUGUACCACACUCAGUGCUUCUUCACAUAUUACUUGUACACUAUCCACUUGGUUCACAGACACACUCUGAUUUCAUAUUUCUCUAGGAUAACAAUUAUCUCUUGUUAGACUGUCUCUUAGAAAAAAGUGUUUCUGUCUCUGCUUGGGCUGUCUGUUGGUGUUAUUGUCUUUUACAUCCAAAACACAAAUUCUUUUAUGAUUCUCUCUCUGUCCCUUGUGGUGAAUUUCUCAUGGAUGGAGACUUAUCCACGUUUCCUUGUCCUUGUUUUACGUGUUCGCUCUCUCGCGCAUGCUCUCUCUCUCGUUCUCUCUCUCGUUCUCGCUCGCUCGUUCUCUCUCUCGCUCGCUCGUUCUCUCUCUCGCUCGCUCGUUCUCUCUCUCGCUCGCUCGUUCUCUCGCUCGCUCGUUCUCUCUCUCUCUCGCUCGUUCUCUCUCUCGCUCGUUCUCUCUCUCGCUCGCUCGUUCUCUCGCUCGCUCGUUCUCUCGCUCGCUCGUUCUCUCUCUCGCUCGUUCUCUCUCUUGUUCGCUCGCUCGUUCUCUCUCUUGUUCGCUCGCUCGUUCUCUCUCUUGUUCGCUCGCUCGUUCUCUCUCUCGUUCGUUCUCUCGUUCUCUCUCUCGUUCUCUCGUUCUCUCUCUCGUUCUCUCGUUCUCUCUCUCUCUCUCUCUCUCACACCUUGUCUGUGUUUUAUGUGCAUAUUCUCUGUUGCUGUUUUAGAUACAAUCUUACUCUUUCUCGCACACUGUUUGCCUAGCUUUGUCACUUUCUUACGUGCGCUCUCUCCUUGUCUCUCGUAGCAUGGGGUGCUGUCUAAGAAGUUCAUUGAGCUUAUUAAUCAGUGUAACACUGCGCAAACCGAGUACAAAGAGAGAAAUGUCAAGAGGAUCAAACGCCAGCUUCAGAUCAGUAAGUGAGCAGCCACAGACAUGUAACCAGAAAGAUCCACAAAUCCAGGGGCAGGGGGAGGGGGGGAUGCAGAACUAGACACUGCAAGACCCCAUGGGAUGUAAUAGCUGGGGGUUGUGUAGGAAUGGAAGAGCAGAGGAUUCUGGGAGAUGGAGUAACUUGUGGUAUUAAAGGGAUGGUAACAUAGGAUUUUGGGUGAAGGAAUAGCAGGGGGUAUUAAGGGCAGUGCUUACAUUUGUAGGUUCUAUGCUACUAGCCAAGUGAAAGUUUUUCACACUUAAACCCUGGAGAGUCCAUGUCAUGCUGAGCAGAGCUAAAUUUCUACUUGCCAGGGCUAAAUAUUCACUUGCCAGAGGCUAUUGGCAAGUGUAAAUUUUGAGUCCUGUAAAAGGGACAGCACAAUAGAGGGUUCUGGGAGACGGAAUCGCAAAGGGUAUAAAACGAAUGGAAUAGCCGUUGGUUCUGGGAGUUGUGUAAUGAUGGACGAGCAGGGAAUUCUGGGAGAUAGAAUAGCUGUGUGUUCCUGAUCUCUAUCCAAACUGUAUUUUUUUUUUUUUUUUUAUAACAUUACAUAGUCAUGUAGUACAUAAAGUUGAAAAUAUUGUAAAUUAUUGGUAUUUACAGAGAAUAAAUUCAUGUAUUCUGCAGUAGAGUUAUCUUAAUGCGGUAAACAUGGCAGUACAGUGUAUAAGCAAUACUCUAAGCCAUUAAGGUGGGUCCCUCAAUAUAAUACAUGAUCGAACAUAUUACAUUGUACUUUCCAGCGUAUGAUGAUACCAUGUGCAUUUGGUAUGGAUGGAAACUGUUGGGGUCCCAGUAUAUUCUUUGGGUGGGUUUCACUCAGAUUGGGGCCAUUUCUCGCUUUCGAUCAUCAAAAGGACCCUCUCAUGGGUGAGGUAGGAGAUACUGGAGCCCGUGUAUCGGUUAGGUGUACAACCAAUUUGCUUGGUAAUUCACAUAUUAAUAUAUGAUAAUGUAACAAUAACUGUGGGAACUACAUCAGUCCCAGGAGCCCCACUCGGGCCUAUCUGUUGCUCUGCUAGGAGAGGGGGGAGAGGGUAACUCACAUUCCAUGAGCUAUAUGUUACCACAAUGUUAUGUGUGUUUCGAUAUACUGUGGCACCAAAGCAUAGAGCACCACUGAAGCCAAUGAGAAAGGCGUAGUGACAAGUGGCUGAUGUGAGUUUGUUACGUUCCCGGGUUGUCCAUCAGAAACUUCAACCACAGUUCCCAAGUGGCUGCGUAAAAAUGGUAUUUAUGGGAUAAGGAGGUGUUAAUCUCUUCCAUUAGCCUAAUCGUUUCAACCCUUUGUAUCCAUUCCCUAUGAACCUGGAAUGAGCAGGUUCGCUGCCGACAAUAAGUGAAAUAUUAGGUUUUUUUUAGGUUUAGGACAUGGAGUCUGGUGUAGUAGGAAUACGGUUGUUAUCGGAGUAAGAUUCAUGCAGAUUCCCACUAUAGCUUCAAUCAAUGAUCCUAUCCUUGACCAGUAAGCUUGGAUAUUGGGGCAUAGCCACCAAAUUUGGGCAGAGGUGCCCCCAGGCUGAUUACAUCUCCAACAGGUAUCUACAGUUGUUGGGAAAAGGCUAUGUAAUAUAGAUGGUGAGUUGUGUCAUCGCAAUAUACUCUUAUAGUGACUUUCUUGCGGGGUGUUACAUACUGUCGAUGUAUGAAUCUGCUUAAAUACCAUUGCCCAUUCUCUUUGUCAUAAGUUGAUAUUUAGCUCCUGGUCCUAAGAAGUGGUGAAGUAACGUAACUGUCCCUUGUGUUCCUCGUGCAACGUUUUGUAUAAUAUAGAAAGGUGUUUGCGCUUGAGGAUGCGAGAAGUACAGUAUGUUUCAAAGUUUGAAAAUGUGCGUGAGCCUUUGAGAACGUUCUCCGUGGAGUGUAUGAAGUGGGAUAGUUGGACGUAUUUGUAAGUUUGGAGGACUAGAGGUUGGGUUGAUUUCAUCAGAUCGUCGAGCGGUUUAACUAAGUGUCUGUCCAGAACUGACGUAAAACUAAGAUAAGCUGUUGUGCCAGGGACUUUAAAAAAAACAAAACAAUCGGAUGAGUGUGUGGGUAUACCUGGUGGAAAUAAGGGCUUACCUGUCAGUGGGUGUAGUGGAAAAGGGAAUGGGGCUAUGGAUGGUAAUUUUUUGUAUAUUUUUUUUUUUUUUAUGUUCCACAUGUGGAGGGUUGGGGUAAUAGUAAGAUGAGGGGUUCGGCUUGGACGGGGAAAAGUGGUUCCUGUCUUGUGCCAAGGGUUCAUGUGUUGUGGUAUCAGAAAGAAUGAGUCCUCCAAUAGCACCCAUUGUGUCUGUGGUGUCGGAUUGGUCCAUUCAUAUAUUCUGAUUAAUAUAAUCGCUUUGUGAUAGAGGCCUAUGUUGGGCAAGCAGAGUCCCUCCCUGUGUUUUCGGUCAUGUUAGUAGGUUGAGAGAGAGUUUGGGAUGUUUGUGGGCCCAUACAAAUUUAGUGAAGAAUUUUUUAAUUUUAACCCCUUGGUGACCAGACCGCUUUUCAACUUUCUUACCGUUUGGGACCAGGGCUGUUUUUACAUUUCUGCGGUGUUUGUGUUUAGCUGUAAUUUUCCUCUUACACGUUUACUGUACCCACACAUAUCCUAUACCGUUUUUCUAGCCAUUAAAUGCUCUUUCUAACGAUACCAUUAUUUUCAUCAAAUCCUAUAAUUUACUAUAAAAAAAAAUAUAGAAUAUGAUGCAACAAUUUAAAAAAAACAAAACACUUUUUUAAAAAAAAACUUUUUUAACCUCCAAAAUCUGUUACACAUCUACAACUGCCAAAAAACACCUGUGAUAAAUAGUUUCAAAAUUUUGUCUUGAGUUUAGAAAUACCCAAUGUUAACAUGUUCUCAGCUUUUUUUUUUUUUUUUUUGCAAGUUAUAGGGCUAUAAGUACAAGUAGGACAUUGCUGUUUCAAAAUAUACAUUUUUAAAAUGUAUCAAUAAUGACAUUGUAACACUGUUAUCUGUCAUAAAUCUCUUAAACACACCUCACAUGUACAUAUUUUUUCAAAGUAGACAACCCAGGGUAUUCAAUAUUGGGGUAUGUCCAGUCUUUUUUAGCCAUUUAGUCACAAACACUGGCCAAAGUUAGCAUUUAUAUUUGUUUGUGUGUUAAAAAUUUAAAAAACAUACCCUAUUUGCAAUACCUUGGGUUGUCUUCUUUUGCAAAUGGUAUGCCAUCUCGGGGGUAAUUCUCAUUCCUGGGCUACCAUACAGUCUCAAAGGCAACGUAACCAGCCUGGCAAAUUUCAACGUGAAAAAACAGAAAAUCAAGCCUUAUAUUUGACCCUGUAACUUUCAAUAACACUGUUAUACUCAAAAGACUUUGCUGAACACAAAUAUUAGAGUUUCAAAACAGUAAAACGUGUUACAACAAUGAUAUAAUUAGUGCCGUUUGUGUGUGAAAAAAAUGCAAAAAAGUCACUUGCACUGACCAUAUCAUCGCUGUGAUAAAUUUUACUGUUUUGAAACACUAAUAUUUGUGUUCAGUGAAGUCUACCAAGUAAAAUUUUAUAUAUAUAUAUAUAUAUAUACACAAAAAAAUACUUAUAUGACGAGAUAUAUAAUAUUUUAAUGCAAUGUUAAACACAAAUACACACACCAGCCAAGCCAUAAGACUUGCCUUUACAACAGAAAUCUCACUUUAACAGUGCUCUCACUACUGCAAGGGAUUCUGGGUAGGCAUAUGCAAAUAAGCUCAACGAAGAACCACAUUUUUGCAUGUGUCUGCUGCAUACAACAGCUUUGAAACAAAACGCUCGUAUUUGCCGAGGACGUACAGGGUACGUCAGCAGUCGGUAAUGACCGUUUUUUUUGUCUGAUUUACCCUGUACGUUUGCAGUCACUAAGGGGUUAAAGACGAUGGAUUUGAGGAGAUGUAUGGCAAGGGUUUGAAGAAGGUACAAGAUUUUCGGUAGGGUAUUAAUUUUUAGAAUAUUUGACACAGCCAGCCGAAUUGGGGUUUAUUCCAUGAGGUUAGGUCCCUAUCUAUUGUGUGGAGAAGAGGUUCGAAAUUAAGUUAACUAUUUAUAAAUAAACUCAGAAAAUAAAGGGUGGGGUGUAAUGAAAUGGAAUGAACUUGACUCGAACACUGGUGGGCGUAAGGGGAGCCCUCGGUGAAUGUCUUAAGUCCUAUCCGAGACUGGGACCAAGAUCCUUACUGUCACCGCAGGAAGGUACAAUACCUAUAAGAAGGUGGAUGUAUAAUCGUGUACAGGGCUGGGGGUAGAUUGUGAAUGGGGGGGGGGUAAUUGUGCAUACGUGGUCAUGUUACAGUAACUAGGUGUGCUGUAUGGGAUGUGGCUAGUGGGAUCCAAGAUUUGGGUCUUUAACAAGUUCGGUUUCCAAGAGUGGCGUGUGUGUGUGUGUGUGUGUGUGUGUGUGUUUUGUUUUUAAAAUAUUUUUUUUUUUUUUUAUACUCAUUGCUCCUUGGCCCUAAAUAAGAGAGCCCCAACGUGAACUAGGGGUGACUUGGCAGCCCGAUAGAGGCUUAUUGGUGUCAAUGCAGCAAUAUUACAUGCUGGGAGAUAUCCACUAAUUCCCUACUUCAAGUCUGAGGGUGUGGGCAAAUUUUUUUUUUUUUUCUUUCUUUUUUUUUUUCAUUCUUUAUUUUUUUUUGUGCAUUAGUGUUACAUAACAGCAAUCUGGUAAAGCAUGCAGCACAUGAAAGACAUAUGAUAUGAUAUGAUUGAAGCGUUAAAACUGCACAAUUGUUUGUAACUGUAGGUUAAGUGAACAACUGAAUACACCACCGUGGGCAGCCCUGGUGAGACUGUAGAGAUAUCCUACAUAAAUGGUAGCAUAAGUGAAGGAAUACAAUUAUCUGAUGCAUGCCAGCAGAAAUUAGGGUUAAGGGACAACAGAUUUAGGCAAGCUAAUAUACGUAGUAGGCAAUCUCUUAAAAGUAGGCUUAGAAGCAAAGAUACCCUGACUCCAAUAUAAUUUCUCCUGACUGUGUGUAAUAGGAGGUUGAGCAGGGUGUCCAUCAGGUUAUUCAGCCUAUGCCCACCAUGGGCAUAAAAGCAGUCCCAUACAGUAGAGUCUGCUAUCUGUGUUGGGGAUUAUGUAGUCGUUGCUGCGCUUUGGUGAGCAGUUAUCACCCUUGGCUCCUUAUGCUCUUCUUUCCUGACAGAUUCCCAUCUAAGACUCUCUCCUUCUGCUCUGUCGGUGCCCUGCUUUGAGACAGGGUUGUGCACCGCACCCCUCGCGGGCCUUCAAUGUGGCCUUCUCUGACGCCUUGGGCCUGAUCCAAGGCUUGCGUUGAGAACUCAGAGGCGAGUGAUCCUGCUCGGCUUGUAGGGCAGGCACAGGUUGCUGGAAGUGCAGCUUCCUCUAGAAACCCUGGAGGAGUUUGUCCAACUUGGACAUCACUCUGGUAUAGAUAAGCUGGGGACAUGCGGUUUCCGCCAUUCUGGGUAUGCCUUGGUGUAGCGGGGUGCAAUCAGGAUGUUGCCAAAGGUUAGCCUGGGACGUUGUGCAGCAGUAAUUGCAGUACGGCAUGUUUUUUUGAUACCUCUGCUAGCUUUGAAGAACCCGUCUAACUGUGAUAACUGCUAAAUCACUGCACCAAAUGGACUUUCGGUAAUAAAAUACAAAUUGAUUUAUUUUCUUUCUUAUAAUAAAAAUUUACCCGUGAAAGAGAACGAUCGGUAUACACAUUGAAUGCACUAUUAUUUUAUGUUCUCUGCUGAUAUCGCCGAUUUCCUCUGUGCGCAAUAUCUGUAAGAUGUCUUUCUCCGUGUUUCACAGCCGGGCACAGCGUUACUGAUGAGACGUUUGAUGAGAUGUUGGAGAGUGGACAGAUUAACGUAUUCACCUGCAAUGUAAGGAUUGCAUGCAAACACCCCACAGAUCGGAAUGAGGACUUCAAUGUAGGACAGUCCUGUGUGUGAGAAACGUCUGCUCGAAGAGCAAAAAGCAAAACAACAUAGCGUAUAACUGUGUUAAUAAUAUGCCAAAAUGUGCAGUUCCAAUUGGUCACUCACAGUUUGAAUGUUGAAAUGAGGCCUUGUAAAACAUCUCCCCUCAAAGGAUUACAUUUUCUUGUUGCUCAGAGCACCAUAGGUCUUCACUGACAAUGAGAAGUCAUCCACUCAAGAUAAAAUUUAUAGAAUUGUAGUGCAAGUAGGCAAUGUAGUAUAAAAACAAUAAUUCACUUACAUUGGAAUUAAAAACAGCAGAUGUAAUACUUAGAAGUCACCAUGAAUUAUUGUAAACUGUGACUUAUAAAAGCAGAAUACGUGUCUAAUAAAAGACCACCCAAGUGCAGCAAACCAACAUAAAAUAAGGUAAAAAUUACUUCCCUUAAAAAGUCUAGGUUGUAACAAAAGGUUCCUCAGAGCCUCAUAGAAUACAUACAAGAUACACCUAGAUAAAAAAUAACAAGAAAGGAAUAAUCAUAGGGAAACACUUUAGUUAAUGGCACCCUAAAAUAGUAUUGCACUCACAAAAUGAUGAUGAAAAUCAAGCCCAUCUAGGUUUUCUUUAGUCUUGUCAAGAAGUCUUGUGAGGGAAUGGUUGAUUCCUCAAAUGAAUAUGUAAAAAGAAAAACCAAACAUGGUAUAGAAUUGUAUGAUAAAAAGAAAUUACAUUUUAUUGGAAACACUUUGAAUUGAAAUUGAAGAUAAAAGCGCCCAUCAAGUAAAUGACUCUCUUGCAGAAUGACAAUCAGAGGUUGCAGAUACAAAAAAAUGGUGAAUCAAAUAUAAAACAGCUCUACGCGUUUCGUCUAAAAUCUUAGACUUCCUCAGGAGCAAAAAGUAAAAAACAAUUAAAUAAAUCACAAUGUAAUAAGUCCAUAAGUGCUAGUGUUGUCUUCUUUUAAGUGUGUCUUUUGCCGGGUUCCCGUUCGCGCCGUCCAAUCCGUGAGCUUGACAUCACCUGAUUUCGAUGUGCUUAAGUCCCAGUCCAUAUAUGGACUUCCGUCAGUCAUUCCGUGGAGCGCAUAUGCGUUCCACCGAACUGGAAGGGAGAACCUUCUUCCGCAUACGUCAUUGUCAACUGGAACGCACAUGCGUUCCACCAAGCCGUUGCCUUCACCGUAAUUAGUCCGUGCUCAGAAAGAGGACAAAUUGGCAGAGAGAUACAAAAUUAAUUGUACAGAGCAUAAAGCUGGCAUUAUAAAUGUGUAUAUAUACAUCAAAUAUGAAAAAAGUAAUAUGAUCAAAGGGAAGGAUCUUGGAUACACUAAAUAAAGAACAAAGCACUAAAAAAAAAAUAUAAAUAAUAAUAAUAAAAUAUGACUAAAAUACGAUUUAAAAAAUAGCAGUAAAAAUAAAAAUAAAUAGAAACUAAAAAUAAUAAAAAUAGUAAAUAUAAAAUAAGAUAAUAAAUUAAAAUAACAUUAAAGAAAACAUAUAAAAUCAAAAUCCACAUUCAACCCCUGAGGUUGAAGGGUUUUUAAUUUAUGGAUCCAAAAUCCUUCCCUUUGUCUUAAUUUUAUGGUGAUAUCUCCACCCCUUGCAUCAAGUGAUACCUGUUCAAUAAUCACCCAAGAAAAAAUGUGAGAGGAAAAAUGGGGACACUGAUUGCAAUGAACGGGAACAGAGUGAUUGACCAUUUUGCGUCUAAUAUUAUUCUUAUGUUCUAAGAAACGUAAUUUGGCCCUCCUUCCUGUCCUCCCCACAUACUGGACACCACACCCACAUGUGAGGAGGUAUACAACAUGUGAAGAAGAACAGGUCACCCGACUUUGGUUCUGGAAGGUUUCUUGAGUUAUAAAACUUGAAAAAGAACGAGUAUGAGAUGGUAGACCUUUGCAUGCUUUGCAAGUGCCACAGGUGUAAAAUCCUCUGUUCCCCUUUAAUUCCCGUUGGUCCCCACUUCGAAAGUGACUAUGUGCUAAAUAGGAUGAAAAACUCCUCCCUUUCCUAUAUACUAUUUGAGGGUAAAUGGGUAAUUGGGAGCCUAUAAAUUGAUCGUGUCUUAAAAUCUCCCAAGGUUUUUUGAAAAUUUUAUUAAUUGCAAAAGCUUUAGAAUUAUAAUUAGUGUGAAAGGAAAAUUCGAAUUUCUUAUUAUUCGAAUUCUCAGUGCAUUUAAUUUUAUCAAUCAAAAGAUCACCCCUUUUAGUGUUCGCCGCUUUCUCUAUUUCUCUAUUUAGGACCUCCUUAUUAUAACCUUUCUCGAUAAAUUUAUUCGUCAGGAUAUCUGCUUGUUUUAAAAAAACCUCUUUAUUCGAACAAUUCCUUCGAAGUCAGGUGUACUGGCUUCUAGGUACUCCCGACAACCAAUUAGUGUUGGUGGGUUUGAAGUAUGUUUUGGUCUGAAUGUGACCUCCUUGUAUAAAGAUAGUCAAAUCUAAAAAGUCUAUGGUAGUAAAGUUAUACAUGGGGGGGAAAAAACGAGUGAAAAGGUGUUGUCAUUGAGAUAUUUAAAGAAAUUUAAUAAAUGUUCUUCAGACCCCUUCCAUAUCACAAGAAGGAAGGAGGGGCCAAAUUUCAUUUCUUAGAACAGAAGAAUAAUAUUAGACGCAAAAUGGUCAAUCACUCUGUUCCCGUUCAUUGCAAUCAGUGUCCCCAUUUUUCCGCUCACAUUUUUUCUUGGGUGAUUAUUGAACAGGUAUCACUUGAUGCAAGGGAUGGAGAUAUCACCAUAAAAUUAAGACAAAGGGAAGGAUUUUGGAUCCAUAAAUUAAAAACCCUUCAACCUCAGGGGUUGAAUGUGGAUUUUGAUUUUAUAUGUUUUCUUUAAUGUUAUUUUAAUUUAUUAUCUUAUUUUAUAUUUACUAUUUUUAUUAUUUUUAGUUUCUAUUUAUUUUUAUUUUUACUGCUAUUUUUUAAAUCGUAUUUUAGUCAUAUUUUAUUAUUAUUAUUUAUAUUUUUUUUUUAGUGCUUUGUUCUUUAUUUAGUGUAUCCAAGAUCCUUCCCUUUGAUCAUAUUACUUUUUUCAUAUUUGAUGUAUAUAUACACAUUUAUAAUGCCAGCUUUAUGCUCUGUACAAUUAAUUUUGUAUCUCUCUGCCAAUUUGUCCUCUUUCUGAGCACGGACUAAUUACGGUGAAGGCAACGGCUUGGUGGAACGCAUGUGCGUUCCAGUUGACAAUGACGUAUGCGGAAGAAGGUUCUCCCUUCCAGUUCGGUGGAACGCAUAUGCGCUCCACGGAAUGACUGACGGAAGUCCAUAUAUGGACUGGGACUUAAGCACAUCGAAAUCAGGUGAUGUCAAGCUCACGGAUUGGACGGCGCGAACGAGAACCCGGCAAAAGACACACUUAAAAGAAGACCGAACAGAAGACAACACUAGCACUUAUGGACUUAUUACAUUGUGAUUUAUUUGAUUGUUUUUUACUUUUUGCUCCUGAGGAAGUCUAAGAUUUUAGACGAAACGCGUAGAGCUGUUUUAUAUUUGAUUCGCCAUUUUUUGUAUCUGCAACCUCUGAUUGUCAUUCUGCAAGAGAGUCAUUUACUUGAUGGGCGCUUUUAUCUUCAAUUUCAAUUCAAAGUGUUUCCAAUAAAAUAUAAUUUCUUUUUAUCAUACAAUUCUAUACCAUGUUUGGUUUUUCUUUUUACAUAUUCAUUUGAGGAAUCAACCAUUCCCUCACAAGACUUCUUGACAAGACUAAAGAAAACCUAGAUGGGCUUGAUUUUCAUCAUCAUUUUGUGAGUGCAAUACUAUUUUAGGGUGCCAUUAACUAAAGUGUUUCCCUAUGAUUGUUCCUUUCUUGUUAUUUUUUACCUAGGUGUAUCUUGUUUGUAAAAGCAGAAUCCCUGAGGUAGUCCCCAACCCAGACGAAAUGUGUAGGACGGCUAGUGGUGACUUCCAAGUAUUACAUCUGCUGGUUUUAACUCCAUGGUAAGUGGAAGCCAUGGGUGCGGUGUGAUGGAUUGUUACUGUUUUGCCACUGAUGCGGUGUGAGGGAUUGUUACUGUUUGGCCGUGGAUGCGGUGUGAGAAUUUGUUACUGUUUUGCCACUGAUGCGGUGUGAGGGAUUGUUACUUUUGGCCGCGGAUGCGGUGUGAGAGAUUGUUACUGAUUGGAUGCUCUGUGAAGGAUUGUUACGGAUUAGCUGUGAAUGCGGUGUGAGGGAUUGUUACUGUUUGGAUGCGGUGUGAGGGAUUGUUAUUGUUUGGAUGCGGUGUGCGGGAUUGUUAUUGUUUGGAUGCGGUGUGAGGGAUUGUUAUUGUUUGGAUGCGGUGUGAGGGAUUGUUACUGUUUGGAUGCGGUGUGAGGGAUUGUUACUGUUUGGCCGCGGAUGCGGUGUGAGGGAUUUUUACUGUUUGGCCGCGGAUGCGGUGUGAGGGAUUGUUACUGUUUGGCCGCGGAUGCGGUGUGAGGGAUUGUUACUGUUUGGAUGCUCUGUGAAGGAUUGUUACGGAUUAGCUGUGAAUGCGGUGUGAGGGAUUGUUACUGUUUGGCCACGGAUAUGGUGUGAGGAAUUGUUGUGGUUUGGCUGUGGUGUGAGGGAUUGUUACUUUUGGCCGCGGAUGCGGUGUGAGGGAUUGUUACUUUUGGCCGUGGAUGCGGUGUGAGGGAUUGUUACUGUUUGGAUGCUCUGUGAAGGAUUGUUACGGAUUAGCUGUGAAUGCGGUGUGAGGGAUUGUUACUGUUUGGCCACGGAUGUGGUGUGAGGAAUUGUUGUGGUUUGGCCGUGGUGUGAGGGAUUGUUACUACUUGGCCGCGGAUGCGGUGUGAGGGAUUGUUAUUGUUUGGAUGCGGUGUGAGGGAUUGUUAUUGUUUGGAUGCGGUGUGAGGGAUUGUUACUGUUUGGAUGCGGUGUGAGGGUUUUUUACUGUUUGGCCGCGGAUGCGGUGUGAGGGUUUUUUACUGUUUGGCCGCGGAUGCGGUGUGAGGGAUUUUUACUGUUUGGCCGCGGAUGCGGUGUGAGGGAUUUUUACUGUUUGGCCGCGGAUGCGGUGUGAGGGAUUUUUACUGUUUGGCCGCGGAUGCGGUGUGAGGGAUUUUUACUGUUCUGAUGCGGUGCGAGGGAUUGUUACUGUUUGGCCACAGAUGUGGUGUGAGGAAUUGUUGUGGUUUGGCCGUGGUGUGAGGGAUUGUUACUGUUUGGAUGCGGUGUGAGGGAUUGUUACGGAUUAGCCGCGGAUGCGGUGUGAGGGAUUGUUACUGAUUAGCCGCGGAUGCGGUGUGAGGGAUUGUUACUGAUUUAGCCGCGGAUGCGGUGUGAGGGAUUGUUACUGAUUAGCCGCGGAUGCGGUGUGAGGGAUUGUUCCUGAUUAGCCGCGGAUGCAGUGUGAGGGAUUGUUACGGAUUAGCCGCGGAUGCGGUGUGAGGGAUUGUUACGGAUUAGCCGCGGAUGCGGUGUAAAGGAUUCUUAUCGUUUGGCUGCAAAGCCUGUACUAACUGUGCUUCUCCUGUUACAGAUCCUACAAGACACGCAGGCUGCCAAACAGGCUCUGAAUGAGAUUGAGGCGCGACAUGAAGAGAUCCUAAAGUUGGAGAAGAGCAUUGUGGAGCUUCAUGAGAUGUUCACAUUUCUCGCUAUGGAGGUGGAAGCUCAGGUGGGGUGCAGUCCCUCUACCAACCCAUUCUCAUUCAUAGCACCUUGAGCUAUGUCUGCUAUCUGUGUACUACUUCGGUUAAAGUAUUCAUAUUUUAUUUUCUAAAGUACUUCAGUCUAUCCUGAUUAUUUUUUUUGUAAUGCUUAAUCUUCUUACACCCUCUGAUGUCUACAUGUUCUAUGUCUGUGGCACCUGUUCAGUCAUGUUUUUUGCUUCUUUCAAUAUCUCUUAUUUUUUUUCAGGGGGAGACAAUAGAUAACAUUGAGAAAAAUAUUCUGCAUUCCAAAGAUUAUGUGGAGAGUGCCCAAAAACAGCUCACUAAGGCUGUGGAGAAUAAGCACAAAGCAAGAAAGGUAAAAUAAAGGAUCACUUUAAAAUGAGUACUAUACAGCAUGGGGGAAAAACCCCAAACCAAGCAAGACGUGGCAUGGCCUGAGCCUGUCCUGAUAAUGUGCUGUCAGAUCCCCUACAUUAGAUAUAAACCCAGCGCUGUCUGAGCCUGUCCUGAUAACGUGCGGUCAGAUCCCCUACAUUAGAUAUAAACCCAGCGCUGUCUGAGCCUGUCCUGAUAACGUACAGUCAGAUCCCCUACAUUAGAUAUAAACCCAGCGCUGUCUGAGCCUGUCCUGAUAACAUACAGUCAGAUCCCCUACAUUAGAUAUAAACCAGCACUGUCUGAGCCUGUCCUGAUAACGUGCAGUCAGAUCCCCUACAUUAGAUUUAAACCCAGCACUGUCUGAGCCUGUCCUGAUAACGUGCAGUCAGAUCCCCUACAUUAGAUAUAAACCCAUGGCUGUCUGAGCCUGUCCUGAUAACGUGCAGUCAGAUCCGCUAUUCUAGUCACACCCAUUGCUGGCAGGUGUGUAAAUCAUGUAAUCUUCUUAGACAGUCACUGGUGGUACAGUGGCCCAUAUUUGGAGAACUUUAAUUUGACCACCGCGUGUACUACAUUCCAGUAAGUCCUUUUGGCUGACCAAGUGCCGUCUUUACUUUGCAGAAGAAAGUCUACAUCGCAAUCUGUGUCUCCGUUCUGCUUCUGGUCAUCAUCCUCAUCAUCAUUGUGACAUUGUUCACUUAAUUGGAUCAGAACCCGCCCUUGCCUUGCUGCUUGCACUGUGACCUCAUACUCCUUCUGCCGUGAUGGCCUCCGGAAAGUAGUUGUCGGGACAUGUUAUAAAGUGUUGGGGUUGAAUGUCCAAUGGCUCUAUACUGGAAGUAGGAGAUUUGGCAAGUGACAGGGAUGGGACUUGCUGUAUAAGAAUAAUUGUUGUGUUUUGUCUUUUUAACCAGGUGUGCCUGCUCUUCUAUGUGCCUUCCUGUGGGUGCUGAUCAAGUGCUUUAUAAAUAAAUAUACCCUCUGUAUAUAAUUUAACAAUGAAAGGGUCAGUCUGGCUCUGCAAAGGUGUGUGUGUGUGCUGUGUCAUGUUAUGAUGUAGGACAAAAGGAAAGCUGCCAUCCUGCUUCAAGCUCAGUGUUGUAUGUGUGGCUGUCACGUCCUGUGCUAUGUAUAAAUUUCAUGUCAUAAUGUCAGUUUGGGGUGUCACUGUAUACACAGGGUAGGGGAGUAUUGUCUGUGAGGCUUUCACGGUAUAUUUGUGAUAGUAUCUGCGUGAGGUGAGUCUGCCUUGCUAUAUGCUUCAUGGUGUAUUAGUGUGUGUGUGUUUGUGUGUGUGUAAGGUGGGGCUGUCACAGAAUACACAUAAUCAUGUAUUAAUAUCUGUGUAGUGAAGCUGUCACGGAAUACACACGAUCAUGUAUUAAUAUCUGUGUAGUGAAGCUGUCACGGAAUACACAUGAUCAUGUAUUGGUGUCUGUGUGAGGUGAGGCUGUCAUAAUAUACAAUACUGUAUUAAUGUCUGUUCGGUAAGGCUGUUACACCGAAUAUACAUAAUGGUGUAGUAGUGUCUGUCAUGCUGUAUACAUGAUGGUGUAUGUGAGGUGGAGCAUACAUGGUAUGGUGUAUGAGUGUGUUUGAGUUUUGGGCAUAGAUGGUAUGGUGUGUCACUGUCUGUCUGUCUGUACUGAGCUGUACAUACUGGUCAUGCUGAAGUAGCAUGGCUCUAUUGCUGGAUGUUUUGUACACCUAUUUUAUAACUUUUGAAAUAAAACUAUAUAAUUGGUUGUAUAAUUUC